UCCCAAGCUUCCAAGCUCUAAUCUUUGCGUACCCAAAUUCUCUUGCUUCUCCUCUCCUCUAUGCACACGUGAACAACUCUCACGAAUGUGAACUCAUGCAAAAGCCACCUUUGUAAUACCACCCUGUUCCAUUUCCAAAACUGGCGCCACAACCUUAAGCUUACCCUUCACCGGACGGCAAUGUCGUUCCUCCGGCAACGGCUCCCUCCGGUUCUUCUUCUUCUCCUCUCUCUCCUAUUCCUCUCCUUACUCUCUCCCUCCACAUCAACCGAGCUCGACCAACUCUUGAAGCUCAGAACCUCACUUGAAAGUUCAAACCCAACUCUGUUCAGUUCUUGGAAGCAAGAAAAUCCCACGUGCCACUUCACUGGGAUUGUCUGCAACUCAAAUGGGCUGGUCUCAGAAAUCAAUCUUGCUCAGCAAAACCUUUCUGGCUCUCUUCCUUUCGACGCAAUAUGCUCGCUUCCACAACUAGAAAAGCUUUCUUUUGGUUCAAAUUUCCUGCACGGAAGUCUCACUGAGGAUUUGAAGAAGUGCACUAAUUUGCAGGAAUUGGAUUUGGCUAAGAAUUUUUUCACAGGAAAAGUACCUGACUUGGGUUCUUUGAGUCAAUUGAGGCUGUUGAGUCUGAAUGCUAGUGGGGUGUCUGGACUUUUUCCAUGGAAAUCACUGGAGAAUCUGACCGAGUUGGCUUUUCUGAGCCUUGGUGAUAACAGAUUCGAUGCAAGUCCUAUUGCAAUGGAGUUGGGAAAGUUUGACAAGCUUUACUGGCUUUACCUCUCAAAUUGUAGCAUCACAGGUGAAAUCCCAGAGGGUAUUGGAAACCUGACUCUGCUUGAGAAUCUGGAGCUUUCGGAUAACCACUUGGUUGGUGACAUUCCUCAGAGUAUUACAAAUCUCAAGAAGCUCAGGCAACUUGAGCUUUAUGCUAAUUACCUAACUGGGAAAAUCCCACUUGGGCUUGGCAACCUCACAAGCCUUAGGAAUUUUGAUGUUUCAACUAACAAGCUUGAGGGUGAUCUCUCUGAGCUCAAAUCCUUGACAGGGCUUGAGUCUGUGCAGCUUUAUGAGAAUCAAUUAGUUGGUGAAGUUCCAGAGGAGUUUGGAGAGUUCAAGAACCUUUAUCAGCUCUCACUUUACAAGAACAAGCUCACUGGCCCUCUUCCUCAGAAGCUUGGUUCUUGGUCUGGCAUGGAGUACAUUGAUGUUUCAGAGAACUAUUUGACUGGCCCUAUACCCCCUGACAUGUGCAAAAAUGAGAAACUGAUUGAUUUUCUGCUGCUGCAGAACAAUUUCACAGGUGGGAUUCCUGAGUCCUAUGCAAAUUGCAAGUCUUUAGUUCGGUUACGUGUGAAUAACAAUUCGCUUUCGGGUACUGUCCCUGUUGGAAUUUGGAGCUUGCCAAGUGUUGUAGUUAUGGAUCUUUCUAUGAAUCAGUUUGAAGGUCCUCUGACUUCAGAUGUUGGUAAGGCAAAUUCUCUGUCAUUAUUACUCUUAGCUAAUAAUAAAUUUUCGGGUGAAUUGCCUGCUGCUUUGUCUGAAGCUACCUCAUUGGUAACGAUUCAGCUUAGUAUGAACCAAUUUGAGGGUCAAAUCCCAGAAACAAUUGGGAACUUGAAGAAAUUAGGCAGUUUUCAUUUAGAACAAAAUUUGUUGUCUGGUGCUAUACCGGAAUCAAUAGGCUCAUGUGUUAGGAUUUCUGAAAUCAACCUUGCCCAUAACAAUCUUUCUGGCCAAAUCCCUCCAAGUCUUGGAUCAUUGCCUAACUUAAACUCCUUGAACUUAUCUGGAAACCAACUUUCAAAUGAAGUUCCUACUACUUUGUCAUCCCUCAAACUCAGCCUUCUUGAUCUUACAAACAACCAGUUGAUUGGCCGCGUGCCUGAGUCGCUAUCCAUUGCAGCUUUUAAUGAAAGCUUUGAUGGAAAUCCUGGUUUGUGCAGCCAGACCUUGAAGAAUUUGCGGUCUUGUUCUUCAAAUUCGGGCUCUCGUAGCCACCCACGGAUAUUUUUGUCUUCUUUUAUUGCUGGAGUACUUGUUCUGCUUAUUUUGCUUGGUGUGUUCUUGCUUUGGAAGCUAAGGAGGAGCAGUCUUGAUCAACCAUUGAAGAGUAAUUCAUGGACUAUGAAGCAGUACCAUGUGCUAACCUUCACAGAGAAUGAAAUCCUAGAUUCAAUCAAAGCUGAAAAUUUGAUUGGCAAAGGAGGGUCAGGAAAUGUAUACAAAGUACAACUGAGAGAUGGGAAAGCACUUGCUGUGAAGCACAUUUGGACCUCACCAGACUCCGGCCACCAGAAAACUUAUCGAAGCACCACUUCCAUUUUAAAGAAGUCGAAAUCCAGCUCAUCGGAGUAUGAUGCCGAGGUGGCCACACUGAGCUCUUUGAGGCAUGUCAAUGUGGUGAAGCUAUACUGCAGCAUAAGUAGUGAGGACAGCAAUCUGCUAGUUUACGAGUACUUUCCCAAUGGGAGCUUAUGGGAUCAGCUGCACAUGAAUCAGAAGGUCAAGAUGGGAUGGGAAGUGAGGUAUGAGAUUGCUUUGGGGGCUGCAAGAGGAUUGGAGUAUCUUCACCAUGGUAGUCACAGACCAGUUAUACACAGAGAUGUGAAGUCUAGUAAUAUUCUGCUAGAUGCAGAUUGGAAGCCUAAAAUUGCUGAUUUUGGGCUUGCCAAGAUUGUGCAGGCUGGUGGUGAAAUGACUCAUGUCAUUGCUGGAACACUUGGCUACAUAGCUCCUGAGUAUGCAUAUACCUACAAGGUAAAUGAGAAGAGUGAUGUGUAUAGCUUUGGGGUGGUCUUGAUGGAAUUGGUGACAGGAAGGAAGCCGGUGGAGACUGAGUUUGGAGAGAACAAGGACAUAGUGAGCUGGGUCUGCAGCAAAAUGCAGUGCAGAGAGAGUGAGCUUGAGUUGGUGGACUCGAGCAUUGACGAUGCGCUACAAGAAGAUGCCCUCAACUUUUUGAGCAUUGCAAUUCGCUGCACCGCUAGGGUUCCGGUUCUAAGACCAUCGAUGAGAAUGGUGGUUCAAAUGCUGGAAGAGGCACAACCUUGUCAGCUCACCAGCAUAAGCAUUACCAAGGAAGGUGAAAACAACCCGAAAAUGGCGCAAAAUUACCACUACUGAAUGUAGAGUAGUUGCAGUUGGUGGUCUGUGGCGUUUUGCUUUGAGGUAUAGAGUCAGAUUGGUCACCAAGACAGAAAGAAAGCUAAUUAGUUUGUGAACUGCAAGAGCUUCCUAGCUAGGAAAGAAGCUCCCAACUACAAAGUUUGGGAGCAGCUGUAUCAUUUAGAUGUAAGCAGAUAUGUAUAGUUUUUGUUUUUGCUGCUCAUUGAGAGGGGUAGAGUCUGUAAUAUAUAAUUGCAUAAUGCAACCAUUUCUAUUAGAAAAACAUCCACAUGGUUGAUUGGCUGUAUGAAUAAAAUGCCUUUCAGCUUAACACUUC